AAAAAAAAAAAAUUCCAAAAAAUUCAAAUCUUUGCGCCUCUCUAGAAACUGAAAUUUCAACCUACCGAAAGAGAAAAAACCCUAUCUCCCCGCGUCAAUUUCACGCUUUUAAAAAACAAAAACACACACUGUUCCUCCCUCCCUCCCUCUCCAAGACUCGAAUCCGGAUCCUUCGAGUUCGAUCCAAAAUAACCAAGCUCUCUCGCCAUCACUUGGUUAGUUCUCUCUAGAAAAUCAAUCAAUCAAUAAUGAGGAAAGGAGCCAAGAGAAAGAGAAUCCAGAAAGAUUAUAGUGAAGACGAAGCUGCUGCCGUUCCCGCUCAAGACAACCACAAAACCACCGAAUCCACGAAACCACCUACUAGAGCUAAGCCAGUAAAGGCAUCCAAACCCGAACCCGAAUACUUCGAAGACAAGCGCAACUUGGAAGACUUAUGGAAGGAAAUAUUCCCUGUCGGUACAGAGUGGGAUCAACUGGACAAGGUUUACGGAUUCAACUGGAAUUUCUCUAAUCUAGAGAAUGCAUUUGAAGAAGGAGGUGUUCUACAUGGGAGGAAAGUUUACCUUUUUGGGUGUACAGAGCCUCAACUGGUCCCUUUCAAGGAUGAUAGCCUAUUAAUCUACAUACCUGCAGUCGUGGCGGUUGCAUCUCCUUUCCCUCCUUCUGAUAAGAUUGGAAUUAAGUCGGUUCAGAGGGAGGUUGAAGAAAUAAUUCCCAUGAAACAAAUGAAAAUGGAUUGGGUUCCUUAUAUACCUCUGGAAAAUAGAGAAAGUCAAGUUGACAGACUGAGACAUCAAAUAUUUAUUCUGAGUUGCACUCAGAGAAGGGCCGCUUUGAAACAUUUGAAGAUAGAUCGGAUCAAGAAAUAUGAGUACUGCUUACCUUAUUUCUACAACCCCUUUAAGGAAGAUGAGCUUGAGCAGAGCACCGAGGUUCAGAUAAUUUUCCCAUCAGAACUAAAGCCGAUUUUCUGUGAAUUUGAUUGGGAACUUGAUGAACUUGAGGAGUUCACUGAUAAACUGAUCCUGGAGGAUGAAUUAUCUGAAGAUCAAAAGGAUGCCUUUAAGGAAUUUGUUAAAGAGAAAGUUCGAGAAGCAAAGAAAGCUAACAGAGAGGCAAGGGAAGCCAGGAGAAAGGCCCUGGAGGAAAUGAGUGAGGAAAGUAGACGAGCAUUUGAGAAGUUGAGGUUUUACAAGUUCUAUCCCGUGCAAACACCUGAUACACCUGACAUAUCAAAUGUGAAGGCAUCCUUCAUAAACAGGUAUUAUGGGAAGGCUCAUGAGGUUCUAUGAGUGGAUACAUCUAGGACAAGCGUGACAGUUUGAAGCCUGCUUUGGCUGCAAAGAAUCAAAUUUGAAGAUUUUGUUCACUAUGAAGAUGGGAGUCAUGCCUCUGGGGCCUCGUUAUAAUCUUCAACUUUAUCAGUCUAGGUGUCUCAGGGCAUGUAAACUUUUUAGUUUCAGAAUUUUUUUGACAGUCAGCACAUGGUACUCUAGCAGGCAUUUGUAAGAUAACACUGUUGAGGGCUAUCACAUUUUCCAGUUAUAGAGUUGCAGGUGGUGAAAUUCACCUGUUGCUUGGAUCUCUCGGUUGUUUCCCCCCAUACAUUUUGUUCUGAUAUAAUUAGUUUUAUUACCAGAA